AUUUUUUUUUUUGUUUAUUUGGUUGUUUUGUAUUUUUUUAAAAAAUGUCAUCAAGAAAAUCAUCAUCAACUAGCCAAAGUAAUUAUUCAUCUACGUCAGGUCAUCAUGGAUCAUCGAAUUCUAGCCAAUCAAAAUCAGUCAUGUCAGAAGCUGCUUCUUCAGCUAGUCAUUCAAGUCAAGCAUCUGCUCAUGGAACAUCAUCAGCAGUAUCUUCAAGUGGUUCCAAAGCAAAAUCAAUGACAUCAUCAUCAUCACAUGUUAGUGGUAGUCGAACAGGAAGUUCAAUGAAAGCAUCAGGUGGAAGCGCCUCUAAAGGAACCAGUCAAGUUACUCUAAGUUCGUUGAAAGCAUCAGUUGGAGCUUCACCAAUGGCAACAUCAGCAGCAACAAAAUCACAAUCAAAAAUGGGUAGUUCUUAUCAUUCAUCAACUAAAUCUGGUACAAGUAGUUCGGCAUCAAAAUCUGGUUCACAUUAUAGUUCAGUCAAACCUUCAUCAUCAAAUGCAUCAAGUUAUCAUUCCAGUUAUCAUUCAAGUAAUCAUUCCAGUUAUCAUUCAAGUAAUGUAAAUGGAAGUAGAGCAUCUUCCGCAUCAAAUGUAUCAAAUUCUCAUUCAAGUUAUGCAAGUGGAAGUAAAGCAUCUUCAUCCGCAUCACAUACAUCAAGUUAUCAUUCAAGUUAUGCAAGUUCAAAUGCAGCAAAUCCUGCAAGUAAAGCAAUGGUUUCAAAUAAACCAUUAUCAUUAGCAUUAGCAAAUUCAAUUGAACCAUCAUCAAUACCGGGUCGACCAAAACUUUGUGAUAAAAUGAAUGAAAUUGAUCAAUGUCAACCAUAUGUUGAAUUGAAUGAUGUAAAUGAAUUACAAUCGAAUGGUGGUUUUAGUUUAGGAAAUUUUAUUGUUGAAGAUGAUUGUUAUAAAUAUUAUUCAGCUGGUAAAGAUGGACAUGAAAUUAUUUGUAAAAUUAUUAAUCUAGAUAAAUGUACACCACGUUAUCGUGAAAAUAUGUUAAGAUUUUCAUUAAAGAUAACUAGAUUUGUUGGUGGUUCGAAUGGUUCGCCACCGAUUAGUGAAUAUUUCGUCGAUGUUUUAGAAAUUUUUAAGAUUGGUCCACUUAUCUAUGUAUUUAUGGAAAAUUGUCCAAAUAAAUCAUUAUAUUUAGUAUUACUUGAUCAUGAUAAAUAUUCAGCAAUUGAUGAAAGAAGAUGGACAGUACAAAUUGUAAAAGGUAUUGCAAAAUUACAAGAAUAUGGUAUUGCACAUCGUUUCAUUAAAUUACAACAUAUAUUAUUUGAUUCAAAACAUAAUGUUAAAAUAGCUGGUUUUAGUAAAUCGGUAUUAUUUUGGGAUCCAAAUAGUGAAUGUCCAUUAUUACAGAAUUGUGAAAGAAAAUCAAGAAAAAAUUGUCAUUUACCACCGGAAUCAUUUCGUGGUCCAUAUGAUCCAUCAAAAGUUGAUAUGUGGUCAUUAGGUGUUUUAAUGGUUUGUUUACAAACACGUUCAUAUCCAUUUAAUGUAAAUUCAACAUCCAAAUUUUCUGCACAAUGGCGACAAUUUGUUUUAAAACAUGAAAUGAAUCGUUAUGUACGUGCUGCUAUUAAUCAAACAUUUUCUAUUGAUCCAAAACGACGUGUAAAACCGGCUGAUUUUCUUAAACAUCCAUAUUUUACUGCAUCUGUUUCAAAUAUUGAACCAAAAGUUUUAAAAACAACUGUUGAUCCUAAAUAUGAUCCAAAUAUGAUUGAUGAAUCAUCUUGUCAUGUUUCAACAACAGGUACAGUUAGUGCAAUAAGUGGAUCAAGUGUUGCUUCUUCAUAUAGUGGAACUACAUCUAAAAAUUCACAUAAUUCAAAACCAUCUUCAGUUUGUAGCGGUAGUAGUAAAAGUUCAUCAACAGCAUCAGCGUCAGUGGCAUCAUCGGGAUCAACAUCAGCAGGAUCAAUGUCAGCUACACCAACAUUAGCGGCACCAACAUUAGCGGCACCAAUAUCAGCGGCACCAACAUCAGCGGCACCAACAUCAGCGGCACCAACAUCAGCGGCACCAACAUCAGCAAAGGGAUCAACAUCAGCUGCAUCAUCAGUGGUAUCAACAUCAGCAUCAUCAACAUCAGCAGCAGCAUCAUCAGCAACUGCAACAUCAAUGAAUGAUGAUGAAUUUGGUGAUGAUAAUGCAUCCGGUAUAGAAGGUGGUAAAGUUGGACAAGAAAUUCCAGCUGAAGAAAUGGCACAUGAAUCACAUGCACAAGAAAAUUCAGCACCCGAAGAACAAGCCGAUCAAGCUAAACCAAUUUCAUAUAACAGUAGUCAAAAUAAUGAAAGUUUGGAAUCGAAAAAAACUUGAAUGAUGAUUAAAAAGAAAAAAAUUUGUAAAAUAUUUUUAUUUU